AUGCGCAGGCAGGAUGCGUUGGAUCUGCUUCGAAUGUACCAUGAAGCUGCAGCAGCUCCUGGCCCCUGGGAGAAUGAGCCGCUGCCUCCGGAGCUGAGUGCUCUAGGUGCUGAGAAUGACGGGGGCGGUGUUGCGGGGGUUGAUACGGAUGAUUUGAUUGAUGGGGCGUUGGAGCAGGAGAAUGCGAAGGAGAAUAAGGAGGGGAAGGGAGACACAUUAGUGGGCGCAGGUAGGGAGGGGAAUCGGGACAAGGAAGAGGAGGAGAAGGGGGAGAAUACGGCCAGGGAGGUGAAUGAGGUGGAGACGGAGGAGGAUGGGCUGGGAAUUGCUGAUGAUUGGUCGGAUGGGGCGUUGGAGCAGGAGUUGCAGGAGCUUCAGCUUGUGGCCGAUCUACACUACCUACUACAGCAACAGCAGCAACUGCAACAACAGCAGCACCAGCAGCACGCAGGCAGUGAAAGCAGGGGGGACGAUGGCAACAGCAACGAGCUUCUGGGAACUGUUUCAGAAACAGCUUCUGCGGGUGGGGGCUACGGGAAGGCGGGUUUUCAGGAGCCGCUGCGGCCAGCGUUCUACGAUGCCGCGGAGGAUGGAGGGGUUGGGUUCACGGAACAGUUCGCUCAGCUAAGGGUUGCUGCCAGCGUUAGCCGCGGCGCCAGUGUUGCCAGUGCUGCCACCUCUGCUCGAGCUGGCCGAGUUGCUAGUGCUGCCAGUGCCACCGGCGUUGUUCGUGUUGACGGCGCCGCCAGUGCUGCCAGAAUGCGGCCUGUGCUGCCUGCGACAGCAGAGGAUUGUGCUGGGUCUAUGCAACCGCCUGCUCAGUCACAAGGUGGUUCUCUCCCUCCUGCACUGAUCGCACAGCCCAAGAGCUACUCGGGCCUCUCGACGCUCGAAAUUGAGCCAGACACAACAGCCGAGCGACCCCGGAUAUUGGGAAUUCUUUCCAGCAUCCUCGACCACGUGGUGUCGCGUAACGAGGCGAAACAGGCGAAAUCCGGUAACCGCAAGUUGACGGUUUUUCACGGGCUUCGCGCGCCGGCAAUCACCGUGGAAAAGUACCUGGAGCGGAUAUUUAAGUACGCAAAUUGCAGUCCAGCGUGCUUCGUGGUGGCGUAUGCUUACAUCGACCGUAUCUUGCAAGAGCAUGACGACAUGGUGAUCACGUCGCUGAAUGUGCAUCGCCUGCUCAUCACCUGCAUCAUGGUCGCCGCGAAGUUUCUCGAUGACUCGUACUUCAAUAACGCGUACUACGCCAAGGUCGGAGGCGUUACAACAGCCGAGAUGAACCGUCUGGAGAUGGAACUUCUAUUCCGCAUGGAUUUCCGCUUGAACAUUACAACGGACGUCUUUUACGCGUACUGCAAGCGGCUUGAAGCGGAGAUUUGGAAUUCCCGCCCUCCCUUCGAGGCCACGUUGGACGUCAACUCGUUAUCCAUGCUGAAGCCGCCAGGCCACCUGGCACGCGUGCAGCCAUGCCACGUGGAGGUGCAAAAAGGCGUUCGGACGCCCCCUCGAGAGGUGGAAUCGUACCGGUAUCCGUCGAUGCGUGCGAGAACACUCGUGAACGGGUCUCCUUGA